GCGAGACGCUGGAACCGAGAGAAUCUUCGCUAAGUAAAGAUCUUCGUGGCGAAGUCCGAGAAAUACUCGUGGCGGCAAGCUGUUAGAUAGAUAGCAAGCACUGAAAUAGCUUCACCACAUGGCGGGGGUCUCUUUAAUGCUGGUUAGAUUCGUGUGUAUGCGUUUUUACGUACACGCGGCUCACGGGAUCAACAUUGUCGAUGUUCUUCGGGCCAGAGGCAGACCCUCUCCGCGAGCGAACGUAGUCGCCGACUCCGGAAGUACGCCUUUCACGAAAAUCGCUUUCUCGCGCCUCUCGCCAUUGAUCCAUCGAUUCGGAGAAACUCGCCAAUCGAUCGGGAUGAAGAAAGAAACGUAGAAGAAAGGACAGUGACAUCGUCAUCAACAAGCGACGUCGAGAAACAACGCACGGACGUUGUAAGAUAAAUACUCGGCAAUGGUCGAAUUAAUUCCGAGACCUACCAACAAGUAAUCAAGUGUAAAACAAGAGUAGUGGAGAAGAGGAGUAAGGGACAAUAAAUAUGAAGCGAUGAUCUUCUAAUUCACCUGCACGAGGCCACGUAUCUUCUUCUUCUUCUUCUUCUUCUUCUAGGUACGUGUCGCAGUACCGAACGAGACGAACUUACACGAUCGAGCGAGUUUCAACUGGGUGAAAUAAUUAUUCGCUCGUUCGUUUCGGGUUCCGACGAAACUCGUUAGUCUCUGGUCUGUUAAAUCAGCUAAAUGGGAACUCUCGUCGCCAACAACUAUGACGUAAUGUGACGCGGCGUAUUUCACGAAAACGCGAGAAAAGUGAGAUCCCCGAGCUUGAUUGACCCGAGAACUUGACAGUUGUGUUCUACCUGUGUCUGGAGAAAAAGAAGUGUCAUACUCUUUUGUUGACACUUAAUGUCAACAGUGCUUCGAUGCCCGACGUAAAAUUAAUCACGAGGAACAACUGGCCGCCGAGAAUGUAGCGGGACGUGUCGAAUUCGUAUUUUUAAACGAAAUAGUCAGCGCAGCGUUGCCAGCGGUGCGUCGAAAGUUUCUGCGGGUUUGAAAAAAAAGAAGAGAGAAUAGUGACGUCGUGAAGCGCGCGUUCGACAGGGAAGAUGCACCGAUGAGAAUGAACGAUAUCGUCGUCUCGGGAAAAUGUCAUCGUCGCACGGACGUUCGUCGAACACGUUGGAGAAGGUGAUAAUCGGAAUCGAGAGACGACGGUAAAUCAUCGAGCAUGGCCGCUUGUCACCCAACGCCGGCGAUUCGACAUUUGCAGCCGCAGGAAUCGUCCCAGCAGCUUGGCCUUGGAGCUAUGAACGCUAUCGGCAGCCAAGGUCAGAAGCCGCCGCUCCACCAACCACACUAUUCGCCCCAUUUGCUCAAUUGGGUCUACCUGGCCAUCACCGAUCAGAAUUCUCCUCAGACACGAGAUCAGAGCAAACUCUUCCCGACGAUAUGGAGCGGCUUUUCAACGGGGACAUCGCAAACUCACAGCCACCGUGGCGCGCUAGAUCCCUGUUGCGCGAUCGGGGGCAGCAACUUUGCGGAUAAUAUCGGCGAGCUUGCGAAUCGUUUCAGAGAAUUGGGACUGCUAGAUAGAAAACCAGCUAAGAGGCCUCCGCCUAGUUACCUCUGUCACCUAUGCUUCAAGAAAGGCCACUACAUCAAAGAUUGUCCACAGGCACGUCCGAAAGGAGAGGGUUUGACGCCGUAUCAAGGGAAGAAACGAUGCUUCGGAGAGUACAAGUGUCCCAAAUGCAAGCGCAAGUGGAUGUCCGGGAACAGCUGGGCUAAUAUGGGUCAAGAAUGCAUCAAAUGUCACAUAAACGUCUAUCCUCACAAACAGAGACCGUUGGAGAAGCCGGACGGAUUGGACGUGUCUGACCAGAGUAAGGUUCAUCCGCAACAUCUUUGCCAGAAGUGUAAAACCCUCGGCUACUACUGCCGAAAGGAUCAGUAGCAAAAUGCGAAAGUCACAUGCGAAGGUGGCACAAAGCGAAAGAUAAAAAUUUUUAUUUCUCUCACGGUCUUGAACCAAAGAUUCCCCGUUCCUCGAGAAACUUUCAUGCGAUUGAUCUUCGAACACCUCUUCAUCGAACAUUUUAUACAGAUCAUGCGUGCAGCAAGUGGAAACGAUACGAGCUUCGCGUAGAACGUAGGACAACAAACGCUUGCACAGUAGUACCAGAUAGAUGUAAAUUUUCACACAUGACUUUACAGCCGCGCUAUAUCGUUUUCCUUCUCUACGAUCAAACAUCAAUUAUAUCUGUGAUAAUACAACAAUGAUAAAAGAAGAGUUUACAAUGACUCUUAUUAAUAUUCAGGCACCACGCGGGAGAGGAGAUUAUCGCUCGAUGUGAAACAAAUAUUAAAUAAUAUAUUUAGAAAGAAACAAACAAUGAUAUUAUAAACAAAUAUAUUACGAAGCAAUAAUUUCUGGAUCGCCGUGAUGUUCAAGAAUUGAUAAGAAUCACUGUGUAUAUAUAUAUAUAUAUGUAUAUAUAUAUAUACAGCAUCGCAUUAAUAAACAAUACCGUAAACGAGAAAGCGUUAGAAUAUUUUUGAUCUUGUGUUUUUCUAUACAAUCAUAUACAACAAACAGACAUACGUACGUGGAAAAAAAAAGGUAAAUAUCUAAAAAUAAGUCGCGUACCUAGGUUUCUUGUGCAGAAUAAAAAGACAAGGUAUCACGCUACGCGACGUCCACGAACAGAGGACCGCGGUCACGUAUAUUCUAGGACGAUUGUGUCUCUAACUAAUUAUAGCUGCUUUACGUUCAGAGAUGUACGACAAAUUAUCCUCAUACUUGCGUCAUCAACGCGUACGAUCAAGUGAAAUAGUCUAUUGACACACGUGUGGUACGCGAAUGUUAAUUAUUAACAUACGAAAAA